AUGAAGUUUGGGAAGAAGUUCAGGGAGGGUAUGACUGUUGAGUGGGAGGACCAGUACGUUACUUUUGAUGUGCUUCGAAACCGACUUCUCAAUUACGAGAGAAUGAAGGAACAAGUCAGUGCAAUGAAGCAAGAAGGCGAAGAUAUUAUUAUCGAAAUGAGUACCGAAGACGCUUUAUCCGGACCACAAAGUCCCGAAGACAAUUCGAACGACGAGGCAAAUGGAGAUUGUGUGUUGUUAAAGACGAAAAUGGCCAAUGAAGAGCAGAAUUUUUGGGUUGGGUUCGAUAUGAAUAUGGAAAAGGUCGACUUGUUCUAUUGCGAGCGUAUGAAGGAGUCCGCGAAAUUUCUUCAAGAGUUUAUGACACGACUUGUAGCGUUUGACCUUCUUAAGGAAGACCCAAAGAAUGAGCGGAAAGGGAAACUUGCUCAGAUAAUCCGGAGUAUUGAAAACCACGAAAAGAAGGGGAUUUCAAAGGUCUUGAAAUACGAUGAGGAGGACGAUGAAAAGAAAGAACGAGAGAAAGAGCAGCGUGAGAAUUUGAAAAUUGCAGCAAAAAUGUUUCAAGAGACUGAGAACGUUGGUUCAGAGAUCGAUACAAUUGACCAAACCGAAGCCAAACUGAAAAGAGAGAAAACGCGUCGAAUGACAUCUGCUGAUAAAAGUGAGUUACGACAAAGGAGCGUGUCAAUGAGUAGUGAUUACUCCACAACAUUCAGUACAAUGAGUCAUGAAACUGAAGAUGACAGUGGUAGUUCUGACGCACCAGAGAACAAAACUGACAGCGGGAGUAAAAACGAAAAAGGGGAGAUCAAUGGUGUUGUGAUUUUGUCUCCGCCAAUUCCCCCAAAGCACAGCGAAAUUUCAAGAAGAAAGAAGAACAAAAUGAAAAUUGCAGCCGAGGAGUUUUAUCGAGGGCUUUUAUUGCUACAGAACUUUUGCAGUUUGAACAAUGAAGCGUUUGUGAAAUUGGUGAAAAAGAGCGACAAAGUGACUGGAUGUAAACGGAGAAAGACAGUUGAACGCACAAACUUGGGUUCAACUAAGUUUUUUCGAAUGGUCGAGCUGAACGCAUUAAUUGUCGAGACCAAACAACUCUUCGAGAAGUCGUUUCAUGGAGAGAACAAGUUGGACCGGUUUAAGACAACAUUGUAUGACAUAUCGCCCGUUUCAUCGUGGAGACUUGGCGUAUUAAUUGGAGGACUGAUCAUGUUACUUGUCUUAAUGAUUGUAAGAGUUGUGAGCUAUGUUCUAGAAAUUAAGGUAGACACAGUGGACAGUUCGACGCGUGUUUUGACUGAAAAUGAAGUGUUUUGUGUAUUACGAAUAACGCGGAUUGUACUACUAAUUUCGACAUUGGAAUUCUUUUGGGGUGUGGAUAUGUUCGUAUAUAGAAAAGCGCGUAUUAAUUACCACUUCAUAUUUGACAUGAACAAUUACAAGUACAGUUUUUUGGAUGGGUUACAGGGUGGUAUCCAAGAGUGGUUUUUCUGUGUGUUGUGUAUUUACGGGAUGUUACUUUGCUUGUCACCACCAACAGGAUUUGUCUUUUUGAACAAAAUACCAUAUUGGGUAUUCACAUUAAUCAACGUGUUACUUGCGUUUUUGAUCUUUUUCAUCCAACAAAUUCGGCAUCCGUGGUUGAUUAAGACCAUAUCAAGAAUUGUUUGUGCGCCGUUUAAACGUGUUUAUUUUAAAGACUUCUGGUUGGCGGAUCAGAUGACUUCAAUUGCUCCUGCGUUCAGUGACAUCAUGUUUUUUGUCCUGUUUUUCUUUUAUGGAUUUGUCAACUUCGCGUAUGAUAAGAACGGCCGCCACGCCGAAUUUACGGGCGUCGAGAUGAUGAAAUACUCUAAAUAUUUUACACCAAUCAUCUCAUGUCUUCCACCGUUGUUCAGAUUUUUGCAAUGUUUUAGGUCCGCGAGAGACUCGGGUAAUAAGUAUCAGUACGCCAACGCAGGGAAGUAUUUCACUUCAAUAUUAAACGCUAUUGGUGGAGGCAUUCGUGAUGUCAAGAAAGACAUCACUGUUCCGAUAUACGCAGGACUCAACACAAUCAACUCGUUGUAUUCUGGCUCGUGGGAUAUUCUGAUGGACUGGGGGUUGAUGCAAAAGUCGUACAACUUCUUAAGAAAGAAGACUAUGUAUCCAAAAAUUGUGUAUCCGUUCGCUAUUGUGUUUGAUAUCACUCUUCGGUUUGCAUGGGUGCUCAACCUUGUUGUGAUAUAUUGCAAUUGGUUUGACAAUCAGAUAGUUGUGAAAGAAUCCAUUUCUGUGUUAUUAGCGAUCAUCGAAGUUGUCAGAAGAGGUGUCUGGAACAUUUUCAGAGUCGAGUUUGAAAUGACAAACAACAUGGAUAAGUUCAGAGCAACAAAAGAGAUUCCUUUGCCCGUCCCAGACUAG